GGGGGCUAAGUCGCAGCAAACGCUCCGACUGUUCUGAUGCCUUGUUUUCAUUAACCAACGAAUGAAGGAGGCCAAUUGCCGUCAAUAUGGAAAUUGAUUUUUCGAUCUGUGGACAACUUUCACUCAGACCCAUGCCACUGAUGGCCCAUUCCUACGACAGACGCCACUGGCCGUGGCAUGCGGCUGUAUACCAUCACAUCGAUUCUAAUCCCACGUAUCAAUGCGGAGGAACCGUGAUCAGUUCUAAGGCAAUUCUUACAGCAGCUCAUUGCGUGCAAGUUGAACUAAUUUCCGUUUCUCUGGGUCGUCUAAACUUAGGCGUAGAUGAAAAUAGCGCUCAGACAUUUCAGGUCGCCGAAGUCAUUGUUCACCCAGAAUAUGACGAUGUGAAUUCGCAUAACGAUAUUGCGAUAAUUAAACUUUCAACCGACGCAAUUUUCGACCGGUAUGUGCGACCGGUGUGCUUAUGGAAUUCAACCAACACGGACCUAUCAGAAAUCGUUGGGAAAGUGGGUACGGUAGUCGGUUGGGGAGAAACGGAAGCAAUUAAACAGUCAAAUGUGCUUCAGGAAGCGACAUUCCCAGUGGUUAGCCAUUAUACUUGCCGUCAAAGCGAUGGCAAAGUAUUCGGAGAUCUUUUGUAUGAAAAUAAUUUUUGUGCCGGUCAUCGUAACGGCACCAAUACAUGUAAUGGUGACGGUGGUGGCUCGAUUACUUUUGAAGAAAAUGGGAUCCACUACAUUCGUGGAAUUGUGGCAUUUGGAGGUUUGUGCGGUUCGUCAUUUUAUGAUGUUUUCACCGAUGUCGCAAAAUAUUUAACGUGGAUUAAAGAUAAUCAAUGA